AUGUCGGGAAAAAAUCCAAAGGUGUUUCUUGAUAUAGAAAUUGAUGAAGUAAAUGAAGGACAACUGGUAUUUGAGCUUUUUGCUGAUGUUGUGCCGUUAACAGCUGAAAACUUUCGGGCACUAUGCACCGGUGAACUGGGAAAAGAUGGAAAAUCAAGAGAGGAAUCACUAUGCUUCAAAGGCAGUAGUUUUCAUAGAAUUAUCCCAAAGUUCAUGUGUCAAGGAGGAGAUUUCGUUCGAGGAAAUGGUACGGGCGGAAUGAGUAUUUAUGGAAGAACGUUUGAGGAUGAAAAUUUCAUAUUGGAGCACACUGGCCCAGGUGUUCUGUCCAUGGCCAAUUCAGGAAAAGACACCAACAGUUCCCAGUUUUUCAUCUGCACAGUCAAAACUGAGUGGCUGGAUGGUAAACACGUAGUUUUUGGACAACUUUUAAAAGGUUACAAAACCUUGAAGAAAAUGGAGUCUGCCGGAAGUGAUUCUGGACAAACUACAAAGCGAGUAGUGGUAUCGAAUUGUGGAGAGAUUUUUGACGGAAACAGCGACUCGGAACAGGAAGCAGAACAGCAGCCUCACUUGGAAAUCAGAAAGCUAAAACAUGAUACAGAUAACUCUGAUGUGAAAAUGUAA